CCCAAAAUGGCGUCUCUACUGCAGGAGGACCUGUUCGAGGCCCGCGCGCAGGCCCCGGCCCCCAGCAAGGACUUCUACCAGCUGAUCGUCACCCGGAAGGAGGUAAUUUUCAGAUGGUGGAAAAUCUCUCUUAGAAGUGAAUUUCGUGAAGCAAAGCCUGGGGAACUUAAAGAAUCUCAUGAAUACUUCUUGGAUGAUCCAUCUCUUCAGAUUCAAAUUGCUGUAGUUUUUGGUGCCAACAUUCUGGAACAUAUCUUCAAUCUGUGCCGGGGUAACUUUGACUUCCUGGAACGGCUUCCUGACCCAUUGCUCCUGUACAUCAUUUCCUUUCUGGAGCUUGAAGAUAUUGCCAGGCUUUCUCAAGUUUCACACAGAUUUAAAACGAUAUGCAACUCUGACACACUGUGGGAGAAAAUUGUGCAGAAUUUGUGUGGUGCAAUUACCCCUGAAAUGAGAGCACUGGCACAGGAAGUGGGUUGGAAGCAGUUCUUCUUCACAAACAAGCUUCAGCUUCAGCUGCAGCUCCGAAGAAGGAGGCAGAAACAGAUGAUUGGUAAAUGCUGACUGUUUACUGGCCACCAUGGCAAAUGUGAAAUGUUAAAAGGUGACCAAUGUGUAUCUGGGGUCCAAAAUUUGACCUUCAUUAAAGUGGUUUUAAAUUAGUGAACAUCCUCUGUGGUCUAGAUGUCUAAACUUCAAACAAAUAAGCCAAUCAGCACUCUGUCAUUAAGGGGAAACAUCAUUAGAGACCAAGAACUGAAUGGGUAUGUAUACCAAACUACCCUCUUCCUUUUAGACAGCUGCUUCAGGUCAUGGUUUGGGAACACUGGAAGGAUGCUAUAUGGGUGAAAUUUUCACUGCUUCUGCCUGUGCAGGAAAUUUUGAUGAUAAUGGACUAGAGUUGCCAGUGUUGUGACUCUGGUACCUUUGAUGAGGUCUACAUUCACUUAAGUAUAUUUUCAAUUAUAAAAUAAUAUUUACUAUUGGCUCUUUGCAUUGUAGCACAUCAGUAAUGUUCCUACCAAACACAGCUGACAAAUCCAUUAAGAAAAUAUUUUACAUAGCUUAGAAUUUCAUCUUAAUUGUUGUUAAUUACAACAUUAACUUCAACAAUCCAGAGGUCAAGUAUUAAUAGCCUUAAAUUAUUAAUUAAUGUCUACCAUGUGUUAUUGACUAGGUUUAAAUAUUGAGCAUUUAUACCAAUGCUUGCAUUUUUUCCAUAUAAUGGCCUAAAAGCUGCAUGAUUUACUCAGCUAACUCCCACAAACUUCAGUUAGAGUCUUCUUAAGUAAGGCCUGCAGGAUUUGGCACUGUACUAAUGAUAACAUCACAAAAAAUUAAGGCCAAUAUGGUUGCACUGGAAUGCCUAAAGUUAGUUACCUGAAUUCACUAAAAAGUGGCCUGAUUUAUUUUAUGUGUUGAGCUGAUGCUGAUGUGAGUUCAUAGUAUUCAGUACCUCUGAAAAUCAGGUCAUUUUGUUUAGGUGCCUAAAUAUGGAUUUAGGUGAUUAGUUUUAGGCUCCCAAGUAAAGCCAAAAUUCUCAAGGUGACCUAGUUUAUUUACAACACAAACUUUUAUAAUGCAAAUGGUCCUUAUUCACAAAAGUAUUCUUAUUGAAACCAAGACUUACUUAUUGUUGUCUUAUUGUAUGACUAAGGACUACUCUUGUGAGAGGACUACUCUUGUGAGAGACGGUUACUGGGAUUGGGCCCUUAAAUAUGUAGCUGAUUAUUUGAAACGUUUUAGUAGAGCCAUGUAUAUUUUGGUUAUAGUAAGUAUAGAUAUAAGGAACUUAAUCCUGACCAAAUGCCACUAACAAUUUAUACAAUAAUCUGAGUAUGGCCAUCAGAGUGACUGACGCACUGGUAAAUGAUCAAACUAAGUGUAAAAGGCGCUAAUUACAAUAGCAUGAAAGGCAGUUAGACAAGUUUUGAUCUUUAACUUCUCUAAUUUUACAGGGUGGUGUGUUAUUCUUUAUUGAUGAAGCCUUGUAUUAUCAUUAUAUUAAACAUAAAAUAAGUUGUUAUUCUUUAUAUCUAGUGCCAAUUUUUCACCAUUUUCCCCCUUCUCCAAGGUCACCAUUCAAAGUGAAAUGGUAUUAAAUAUAUAUUCUAUGGAAGUUUUUCUAAUCUUUGUGAAACAUGAAAUGUAUAGUAUACCCUUGGAGCUUAUAGAUAAAUGUGACCAUAUUCAUGCUAUAAAGCUAUUUACGUGCCAACAGUUUGCCAGAGGAAUAUUUUACCUUUUUUUAACAAUCUUUAGUUACUUUUGUUAUAUUAUUAUUUACUUUAGAACAAAUGCCGUAUUCUCUUUGGACCAGAUUCUCAAGUGGUGCAAAUCUGUGUAGCUCCAUUGACUUCAAUGCUGAGGAUCUGGCCCAUUAUUUUUAAAAACUGGUUUAAAUGUCAAGUAUUAAAAAUGCAGUUUGUAAAUCUACUGUAAACUGGUAAUUAAGAAAUAAAAGUUUAGAUUCUACAAAGUGA